CUCUUCUGUUUCAAAUUUCUUCGAAAGCUACCCACUUCUUCUCUCUUCUGUUUCAAAUUUCUUUCAAAUUUCUUCGAAAGCUACCCACUUCUUCUCUCCUCUGUUUCAAAUUUCUUCGAGCGAGCGAAAAGGAGAGAUGCUACCAUCAAGACCUAGUUGUGUCUACAGAAAACCAAUUCGUAUCAGAAAUGUGGAUUCGUUGAACGUGGAGUCUGAGUUCCGCAUAAUCAGCGGCUUCCUCAAAGACUACCCUUUCAUCUCUAUGGACACUGAGUUCCCUGGUGUCGUCUACCAUAACGUGCCCGAUACACCCGACUCUGUAGCCAGGGAUCGAUACGCACUCCUUCGGGCGAAUAUAAACGCCCUCAAGCUCAUCCAAGUCGGACUCACUUUCUCCGACUCAGCCAGCAACCUUCCUGAUUUGGGGACCAACUACUGUUACGUCUGGCAAUUUAAUUUCAACUUCGAUCCAUGGUGUGACCUCCACGCACCCGAAUCGAUCGAACUAUUGCAUAAGAACGGCAUUGACUUCGAGCGCAAUCGAUUCUACGGGAUUGAUGAGGCCCGUUUCGGGUUCCUCAUGAAGCUAUGCGGACUUGUUGGGAACAAUUGUUUUAGUUGGAUCACCUUCCACAGUGCUUACGACUUUGGCUAUCUGAUAAAGGUGGUCACUCAGAGGGAGCUACCGGAUGACAUUGGCGAGUUUCUCAAAUUGAUGAAAGAUAUAUUUGGGUACAAGGUUUAUGACAUAAAAUAUCUCAUGAGGUUCUGUCACAACUUAUAUGGAGGGUUGGAACGUGUGGCCAAUGAAUUGGGGGUGGACAGGGCUGUUGGGAAAUGCCACCAAGCUGCAUCAGAUAGCCUGCUAACAUUGCAUGUUUUUACGCGGCUCAAGGAUAGAGGUUUUCAGCUGUAUGUGCCUGACCACUGUGGAGUAUUGUAUGGAUUAAAAUACCCUUUGGGAAAUCUGUUUUCAUUGAAUUGAAUAUAUUUUAUUUUUAUUUUUCAUAUACAUACAUCAUGUAAAUGGGUCUUUUAAGAGAUUAUAAAUUUAAAUUUUUAGUG